AUGGACUCUUGUGCUAUUAAAUAAAUUUCAACAGCUGAAUCAAGUCUAUAAUUUAGUAAACAAUUAAACUUAACAAAAAUAAUCGGGUACUAUCCUUAGAAAGAUUAACUUAAUCUAAAUUUAAUUCCUUUAACAGAUGUCUUACCUAUAGAAAUUAAUCUACUUGAUUUUAUUAUGACAAAUUUAAUUUGCAGUAAAAUCUAAAAUAAAAUUAGAUAUUUUGGAAAUAAUAAAAAGAGAAUUAGAAACUCCUAAUAUAAGUUUAGACUAAAUUAUGGUUAUUAAAAAUAAUCAUAACUGUGGUAUUCCAUUUAUAUUCAGUAAAUAAGACAAGACAAAUGCUAAGUAGUGUGAACAUAAAUUACUAAAAUAAUUUUCUUUUUUAUGUAAUUCUAUUAUUCAAUUUUUAGGCGAAUAAUUAGGAUAUGAUGAUGAAUUUGUAAAUUCUACUUCUCUUAAACAUUUUUAGGAUAGACUUUUAUUGAGAAUUAAUUUUCAAUAUGACGCUUUGGAAUAAAAUACUGCAACUCUUUUGGAAUAUUUAAAAAUUUUUUAAAAUUUUCCUAUCCAUAAAAACUAAUUUACUCAUAUAUAUCCAAUAGAAUUUCCUAAAUUCUUAAUCAAAGAAAAAUAUGAGGAAUAAAUCGUUGUUAAAAUAUAAAAAAUAGUUAAGGAAGAAUUUUAUGAAUUAAGAGAAAUAUCAAUUAUUGAAGAUUUUAAUAAUACUCAUCUACCAUAUUUAUACGGAUAUCUAAGAUAUAAUGAGAUACUUAUGUUGUUUUUGAAGAAGCACGAUUAUUCAUUUAAUUUUAUUUCAAAGAAAAUAUUCAAAAUUAAAUAAAAACUUAACCCAGAAAAACUUUCUCAAUUUUUUUAUAAAUUAUAUCGAAGUAUGAUAAAAGCAGUGAAUUACAUACAUUCGAUGGACAUAAUUCAUAGAGAUUUAAAACCAGAUAAUAUAAUGUUUGAUUUAGUUCAACCUUCAACAGUUGUUGUUGACUUUUUAAAUACGCCAUUUAAUUGUGUUUUAAUAGAUUUCGAUAGAUCUAUUACUUCUGAAUAAAUAUAACCACAAAAUCAAUCCAAUUAUGAAGGAACUCAAUUUUAUAGGCCCCCUGAGGGAGUAUAAAAUAAUUAUAAUUCAAGCUAUGAUAUUUGGUAAUUAGGAUUUAUGUGGUUAGUGAUGCAAAAAUCAUUCAUGUAUGAAAGGGAAGAAAGUAAAAAUACAGCCUAGUAGAACUUCUAUAAAAAUAUUGAGAGUUAAUAAACCUAAAUAUAAUAAGAAAAUGAAAAAAUAGCUGAUUUAAAAAAUAAAACAUUUGAUAAUUUUGCAUUAAAAUUUUAGAGACAAUAACAUUUAGAUAAAAAGAAAAAAUUAUACUAAGAUCUAAUUUAGCAAAUUGAGAAGAAGGAAAACUUUAUUAAUUAUGAUGUUUCUCUUCAAAAUCUAAUUUAAAAAAUGAUAGAAUUAGAACCUAAUAAUCGAGCUAAUAUCUCUGAAAUAUUUAAGAUAUUGGAUAAAAUUAUUGAAUGA